AUGCGCUUUCAUGUUCUCGGUAUUGGAUCUAUUGGAACGCUCGUCGCCCAUCACUUGCGUCGUACCCUCCCGCCAACAGACCACCUCUCACUCAUCGUCCGAAAGGAAAGAAAUGGAUUCAUCCCAAAGAAUGCACCGAGUUCGCUCAUUGUUGAGCUGGAUGGCGUUCGCUCCUAUGUCCGAGGAGGGUUCGACACCGAGUGGGCCGAAUCGUCGCAAGAGGCCGUCUCCAGGCUCGUCCAAAUGCUCAAAGACGAGCAAAUGCGCAAAGAAGUCGAAAAGGUUGACAAGUUGCAGAGGCUCAAGAAUAGCCUCGAGAUGUCUCCUCUCGGCAAGCACAUUGACGUGCUCAUCGUCACCACAAAGGCGAACAAGACCUUGCAGGCCAUCCAACAGUGUCGAGAGCGGCUCUCUCGAAACUCUACCAUCGUCCUGCUGCAGAAUGGCAUGGGCAUCUACGAAACGGUUGUCGACAACCUAUUCCCGCUCGCACAAGAGCGACCCAAUUUCAUCCUCGCGACCACGACACAUGGUGCAUGGAAAAAGAGGGACGUUGCAGAUGCUCACCAUGUUGUCCACGCCGGUAAAGGCGAACUUCAUUUUGGAAUUGUCCCAGAUUCGUUCCCCACCCGCCAACGGGACUUUGAACGAUCGUUUUGGAAUGUUCCAUCGGAUACACCCGUCUCUGAACGUAUACUAUCUUUGGGAGACAUCGAGGAUGCCGAGGCGGCAUCCUCGGCGGUGUCAGAGGUGUUGGAAGGCUCGAAAUACGCCUCACUUCGACGAACAGUCGCAGCACUCCUGGCACUGGAUCUUGACACGAAAUGGCAGCCAAUAUCUCAGCUCCAAAUCCGUCUACGACAAAAGGUCUCGAUCAAUUCGAGUGUCAACCCAUUGACGGCGCUGCUGGGCUGCCGAAAUGGCGAUUUGCUCGGGAGCACACACGCUCGAUCUCUUGUGCGUUCAGUGUGCCAUGAGGCUGCAGACGUCUUUCGGCAACAAACGCUCGCCCAAGGUGGAGAGGGCACAGAUGAAUGGCUAUUUGGCGGUGGACAGGCGUCUUCUGGCGGCAUGCAAGCGCUCUCGCCAGGGGUGUUGGAGAGAGAGACGUACAAAGUGAUCAAAGCGACGUCCCAAAACUAUUCGUCCAUGCUGCUUGAUAUGGAACGUGGUUCGGUGCUUGAAGUCGACUUUAUGAACGGAUAUAUCUCUCGAUUAGGUCAGGCGUAUAAUGUACCCACGCCAACGAUCGAUGCCUUGCGGCACGCGGUCCUUAUCAAGGCCUCGUUUCGGAGGGUUUCGCGGGUUGUCAGACUUUGA